AUGGGGGCAGAGGGGUUGGAGCUGGGGUUACAGAUCCAUGAGAAACUUCACUAUUAUGAGAAGCAGAGUCCGGUGCCCAUUCUCCAUGGUGCAGCAGCUUUGGCUGAUGACCUGGCUGACGAGCUCCAGAACAAGCCACCAAACAGUGAGAUCAGAGAGCUGUUGAAACUGCUGUCCAAACCCAAUGUGAAGGCUUUGCUGUCAGUGCACGAUACUGUGGCUCAAAAGAGUUACGAUCCUGUAUUGCCUCCCAUGCCUGAUGAUAUUGAUGACGAGGAAGACUCUGUGAAAAUCAUCCGCCUGGUUAAGAACAGAGAGCCCCUGGGUGCUACCAUUAAAAAAGAUGAGCAGACCGGAGCAAUCACCGUGGCCCGAAUCAUGCGGGGAGGAGCUGCAGAUAGAAGUGGUCUUAUUCAUGUGGGCGAUGAGCUGAGGGAAGUGAAUGGGAUCCCAGUGGAAGAUAAGAGGCCCGAGGAAAUAAUACAGAUUUUGAGUCAGUCCCAGGGAGCAAUUACAUUUAAGAUAAUACCCAGCACCAAAGAGGAGAUACCUUCUAAAGAGGGCAAGAUAUUUAUCAAAGCCCUCUUUGACUAUGAUCCUAAGGAGGACAAGGCGAUCCCAUGUAAAGAGGCAGGCCUGUCUUUCAGGAAGGGUGACAUUCUUCAGAUUAUGAGCCAAGAUGAUGCGACGUGGUGGCAGGCUAAGCAUGAAGGUGACGCCAACCCCAGAGCGGGCCUGAUUCCCUCGAAGCACUUCCAGGAACGGAGACUGGCUCUGAGACGACCAGAAAUAGUAGUUCAGCCUCUGAAACUUUCCAACAGGAAAUCAUCUGGUUUUAGAAGAAGUUUCCGUCUUAGCAGAAAGGAUAAGAAAACAAAUAAGUCCAUGUACGAAUGCAAAAAGAGUGAGCAGUACGACACGGCGGAUGUGCCCACAUAUGAGGAGGUGACACCCUACCGGCGGCAGACCCAUGACAAAUACAGACUCGUCGUCCUGGUUGGUCCUGUUGGAGUCGGGCUGAAUGAGCUGAAGCGGAAGCUAUUGAUCAGUGACACGCAGCACUACGGCGUGACAGUACCUCAUACCACUAGAGCAAGAAGAAGCCAAGAGAGUGAUGGCGUCGAAUAUAUUUUUAUUUCCAAACAUUUGUUUGAGACAGAUGUACAAAAUAACAAGUUCAUCGAAUACGGCGAAUAUAAAAACAACUACUACGGUACGAGCAUAGACUCAGUCCGCUCUGUCCUAGCUAAGAACAAAGUCUGUCUGUUGGAUGUCCAGCCUCAUACAGUGAAGCAUUUAAGGACUCUGGAGUUCAAACCCUAUGUGAUAUUUAUAAAGCCUCCAUCCAUAGAGCGUUUGAGAGAGACAAGAAAAAAUGCAAAGAUUAUUUCAAGCAGAGAUGACCAAGGGACUGCAAAGCCCUUCACGGAAGAAGACUUUCAAGAAAUGAUCAAAUCAGCACAGAUAAUGGAAAGUCAAUAUGGCCAUCUUUUUGACAAAAUCAUAAUAAAUGAUGAUCUUACUGUAGCAUUUAAUGAGCUAAAAACAACAUUUGACAAACUAGAGACUGAUACCCAUUGGGUCCCAGUGAGCUGGUUACAUUCUUAACUCAGGGAAAUGUCCUUAACUGUCUUUUUGCAGAGUUGCAUGGUUAGGUUAACUACCAUGUUUUUGGUAGGAUAUUUUUUUUAAUAAUCUGUAUCACUGUCAUAGAUGUAAAGUCUUCAAUGUCAAAGUCAAAAUUCCAGUGCUGGUUUUGUUUAUGUCUUUCACAGCCUUAUUUGAAGCACACGACUAUACAAUCUAAGUCAAAAUCUGCACAGUGCUAUAGUCUUAGCAAAACUUUUAUAUUUCCUUGUUUUCUUUAAUCUAUUUCUGUCUCUGACGUGAGAGGCAGUGUGUAUCAGAGUUCAUGCCUCACCUGCGCUCAGGUGUACUCACAGCCCUUCACUGUGCAUGCUCUGGGUUGAAAGCAUGGGGUUGGCAGCCUUGAGCAGAUCCACAGAUUUAACUGAGCUGGAAAUAAGGAUCUGUCCUUUCAAAAUAUGCCCUAAGUAUGUACAUCUUAAAACAAAGAAGAAACUCAAAUCUUUUCUUGAGGAAGUAGCUCACAUAUUAUAGCUUAGGAAAUCCUUAGGAAAAUAUAUCGGUGAUGCCGCCAAUAUUAUAUAAGGGAAAAUCUGAUUUUUCUGUUUAAGUUGAGGGGUCUCACUGUGGUGUCCACACUAACCUUGAACUCAGCCUUCUUUUGCCUCAGCUUCCCGAGUGUGGGAGCAUGCCACUGCACUGGGUUUGAAAACAGACUUAACUGAUAUCAUAGAUGUAGAUAAAAACCUUUCCUCAUGGCUUAGUAAAAACGGUUGUUUAGGGCAAGAAAUGAUCACACAUUUAAUGAUCACUUGCUUUAAUCUGUCAUUCUUCAGAAGACAUCUCUGGAGUCAGAAAGUUUUCUUCUCUUGUUUUGGAAUUUCUCAACAAAUUGUAAGAAUGAGAUAAAUAUUCAAGACCACGUAACACGUGUUAGAGCACAGUGAAGGAAGAGGUGCUCAUGUUUCUUGUGUGCAAUCACCACACAUGAAAAUGGUUCUAAAGUGUGUUUUAGAAACUUUGUAUUCUGUUAAUUUGUUGGUCAACAAAAUGAUUAACACCGGCCAGAUGACAUCUCAACCUAUUCUGAAGAAAGAUGGAUUUUUAAAUGUUUCAAUGACAUUACUUCUUUUUCUGUGAUGCUAUAGGCUCUAGCAAGUGAAUAAUUUGCAGUACUACAAAUGUUCACAGUUCAGUCAUCGAGCAGGUUCCUGCCAGUCCUCUGAGCAGUGCGGUUUAGCCAAUGGAAGAUUCAUCACAUCUAUGACUUGCAUACAAAAAAAAUUAUUUUUGUUGCUUUGUAAAGAGUUUAAAUGUCAUGUUUAAGGAAAAACAAAAUAUAGGGAAAUUUUAUAUAUUUGUGAGAUAUUUGAAAGGCAUAUUUUUAAAUUAUCAAAUGAGGCUAUUCAUAAGAUAAAUUGUAUGUAAAGAUAUAAUUUAAAAUAGUAGUUUUAUAAGCAAGGUCAACAUUCCAUGUAAAUAUUGGACCUUUUGGCAGAGAGGUCCACACACAUGUUACAUGUUACAUGUUACAUGUUCACUGCUGUUUGGUGGUGUCCCUGGCUACCUUUCCUUAAGACAAUGUCAAAUUUCUUUGUGAAGCAGAAACACAAACUUCUCUAGUGACCUCAUUACAUGUUCAAGCCCAACAAUCAGAUCAUUGGACUGAUGAACACAGCCCAUGGAAGUUCUGUGUUUAUUCAUUAAAGCCAUGCAGCUCAACACAGAGAGGAAGGCUACCAGAUUCCUACUCUGAAAUCACUGCCCUGUGUGGCCUGUCUAGAAGCACAAGUCUUAAAGAGUUCUAUAAAGCAAGUUUCUAUACCAAGAAUGAUGAAGAUUGUAUCUAGCUAGCAUAGGAUGUUCUGGAAUACUUUAGGUAUCUUGUGUUCAUACCUCAGAUAUCUUUGCUGAUUGUUUCUCUUCAUCUGGUGAUUGUUGUCUUCAUUCUUUAUUUGAGGGUAGUGCUUGGGAAAUUUGGGGUAGGUAGUGGAGGUGAUGGAAUGUCAUGAAAAAAUAAAUGUUCACACCUGUUAGACCACAGCUGAACAUCUUUCUUUAAAAACUAAAUAAAUAAAAGGAAAUAAACAUAUUUUAAGAAAUCAGGUGGCAUGUAGCCUUACCUGUUCUAUUUCUUGAUGCUUAAAAGAGAUAUAGGCUGCUGGUACCUACAGCAAAUGGCCUUGCUCUGUGCUCUCUGACCUCAGCACUCCAGUGAGCACACCACCAGUGAGAAGAACACUUUGCUCCUGGCUUGCAGCAGCUUGUUUCUGGGGUGCAGUGCCAGCCACUAUUAGAAAAAAUGGGGUUUCAUUGUUUGUCUAUUUAAAGCUGAACCUGGUAUGGAGUGCUGCUCUUCACCUCCACCUCCCAGUUAGAGUGGCCUAAAAGUAAAGAGAUAAACUUGAAACAAUAACCAUGGUUUUACCGAGUAAUAUGGAAACUUGGCAUCUAUAAGGCUGACAUUCCUGGUACUGUAUAAUCAUCAAGUGUACCUAAACUGUAGUAAUUUAAAGUGAGCAAACAUGUAAACUCAGAUUUACAAAACUAUGGAGUCAAAAAUGUCCCUAAAGAUUCAGAUUUUUAUUUAUUUUCCUUUGGCCUAUGAUGGAUUUAUAGAUAAAUGUAAUGGAAAGUUUUUUUAUCUUAAUAAAGUAUCUUCACACAAUAUA